CAAUAAAAGUGAGUGGCGUGGGCCUGAGGGGGGUUAGUUGAUAAGGUGAAGGUGGAAGUGGAAGUCAUUGCUACGGUGAUUGGAAGAAAGCAAUGGCUACGUUACCAAUCGUUUCUUCAUCGUCCCCCAUUCCGGCCAUAGCUCUGACUACUGGUAAUACCACUCAUCAUCGCUCGCUCUUCCAUUAUUCUAACCAGCAAAGUAGAACCAAGAACCAGAAGCUCGUCUCCUUCAGGAUCCGAGCUGCAAAACUUCCCGCCGGUGUGGAAUUGCCAAAAGUGGAGCCGAAAUUCACAGCCCCUUUUCUUGGCUUCACAAAGACUGCAGAAAUAUGGAACUCCAGAGCUUGUAUGAUCGGCCUUAUUGGGACCUUCAUAGUAGAGCUGAUCUUAAACAAGGGUAUACUUCAAAUAAUUGGAGUUGAUGUGGGCAAAGGACUUGACCUUCCUCUCUGAGUAAAUGCAUAUUCUUCUUCCGACUUGGGCUUGUAUUUUGGAUCCAUAACUAUUCUUCCAUUGGUCUGUA